UUUGUUGUGGAUUGCGGUAAUAACCCAAAAGCAAGUGUAGAGCACUAUGCUCAAUCAUAUAUCGGAAGCAAGCACUAUGAAAAGUUUAAGUUUGAGAGGUACUAAAACAUACACCAAGCUACAACCGAACAGUUUGAGGUCUGAGAACUUGGAUUGGUCCAGUCCAGCAUCCAAGAAGGAUGAAGACCUUAGUGACUUGUUGUGGAAAAUCAAGUUGGCUUCCAUUCAUAAUGAAGAUUCGGAUGAACCUUUGGAAGAGGACUCACGAGUAGCAAGAACACAAAGUGUUUUCCCAUAUUUGUUAGAUUAUGAUAGUAGAAAUGGGUGCAUUUCUAGACCUACGAAACAACCCAUUUCACUAUUUGCUUUAGGUAAUACUUCAGACUCUAGUGUACAAUCCGAUUCCAGUAUCCAUUGGAUGGCUUCUUCUGACCCAGUCAAUGAAGAGGGCAUUGCAUUAUUUCCUGAUAGUUGUUCUUCACGUACCGUAUUUUCCAAUGUAUCACCCACUCGGAGAAUAUCUGAAAGUUUAUCACCCGUAUCUCCUACAGAGAAAUUUUCCAAGUCUUCUUCCAAAAAGACCAAUGUAGCCCCAAGACAAGAGACAAGUGAUGGUGGAAUAGGAAGAAUAAGGAAUGAUGUUGGUCCUAAAGUAGUGAUGUUGGUUCUUCUUGCACAUCUUGAACAUGUCUACAAGUAUGCAUGUUUGGUGCGAGAUUUACUCCAGCUCUAUUCCAUUGAUGUGAGUUGUAAGAUGGAAGAAGAAGAUGGCUCCAGCAUAUUACCUGAACAUGUGGCUCCUAUUGCGAGUAAAAUACCAGAAACAACUCGUAUUAUGUUGAUUGGUCCAAGACAUGUUUUAGAUGGCACUUGUCAUUUCCAAACUUGGAACGGUCGCUGUAUCGAAUCGACUCUAUUUGUAGCUAUUGAUCAUUUAUUGGAAGAGAAUCUUCGCUUGCAAUGCUACCCAAAGAUGAAUGUUGUAUCUACAGUUGGAGUAGUUUCUCCUUACUGUAGUUCUGUUAGUGUCUUUGUCAACAAGGUGACACAAAUAUUGAAUACCAGGCACUCUCUUCACUCUCAGUUAUUGAUGUCCAUCUCCGUUUGUGAGAAAUGUUCGCUUCUUUUCAAAAGCUUUCUGGAAAAACGACUUUAUUCAGUUGAUUCAUGUCCCAUGGAGACUUUAAUAUCUGCACUAGACUCCAUUCUUCCUCGUCGUCAACCAUGUUUUUAUAAUUGUCGCGCUGCUUAUCAUUCCAAUGCGAGCAGUGUUACUAGGAAAACUUUAUAUUUGUUUUCGAUCAUGAGACAUUGGGAGUUGUGUAUUCAUUCUGUUCGUGAACGCUGUGCACAACUAUAUCGCCAAUUGUCACAAAUGGCAACCUUUCAUAAUGACUUGGAGAGAGAAAUGAGAUUAUUUCUAUUGAAGCAAAUUGUAGACAAAUGGAAUGUAUUGGAUAAAUCAUAUCAAGAAAUGAAACAACUUUGGAAUGCUCUUGUAACAAAGUGGUUGUAAACGAGGAGGGUAAUAGUUUUAUGUUUUUUUUGGGUUCGAGAUGAGAUGAUAGUAACACACGUAGGUUGAUUAUGCUCACC